AUGCAAUUAUUUGGGUCUGUUUUCGCAUUUGUUGCGACUUUUUCUUUAUUUAUUAGCGCUGUUUUAGCCGCUGAUCCCCCAGUUACUCAUAAAGUUUACUUUGAUAUUAAACAAGGUGAAGAAGAUUUAGGUCGUGUUAUUUUUGGUCUUUAUGGUUCUGUUGUUCCAAAAACUGCUGAAAACUUCCGUCAAUUAACAGUUUCUAGUGAUCCUAAAUUUGGUUACAUUAAUUCAAUUUUCCAUAGAGUUAUUCCACAAUUUAUGAUUCAAGGUGGUGAUUUCACUGAUAGAAGAGGUACUGGUGGUAAAUCAAUUUAUGGAUCAAAAUUCAAAGAUGAAAACUUCUUAGUCAAACACGACAAAAAAGGUAAAUUAUCAAUGGCUAACGUUGGUAAAGAUACCAAUGGAUCUCAAUUCUUCAUCACUACUGUCGUCACCCCAUGGUUAGAUGGUAAGCAUGUUGUUUUCGGUGAAGUUUUAGAAGGUUUUGAUAUUAUUGAAAAAAUUGAAAAAACCAAGACCAACUGGUCAAACAAACCAGAUGAAGAUGUUGUCAUUGCUGGUACUGGUGAAAUUGAUGAAUCUGGUAACAUUGUCACUUCUGUUACUUUAGAUUCCAUCAAAACUGAUGCUGCUAAAGAAACUAUCAAACAUGAUGAGCUGUAA